ACAUUUUCUCAUGACAUGACAGCACCCCUGAGCAUCGCCGUGGCAGCGAUCACCGCGCGUUGGCUGUCCAUCAUGAGCAGUGCACAUCUUCACAAACCCACCAAGAUGGUCAAUGGGCUGUCCGUGUACUACUCUGGGGAAAUUGCUGUGAUUGUGAUGGACUGCGGAGAAAACAGACUGAAUAUCCAGUUUUGUGAAGCCUUGCUGAGCCUUCUUGAUGAUGUUGAAAAAAAUGAGACCUGUAAGGGCCUUAUAACCACCGGCACUGGAAAAUUUUAUGGGAAUGGUCUUGACCUCGACUGGAUGUCUCAACAAUCAGAAGCUGUCCUAGCCCAAUUCUUCCACACCUUUAUGUCUUGUUUAAGGAGAAUUUUAUUUUAUCCAUUGCCUACACUGGCAGCCCUGAAUGGUCAUUGCUAUGCUGGAAGUGGCCUUUUGGCAUUUGCUCAUGACUUUCGAACCAUGCGGAAUGACAGAGGCUGGCUGAGUUUCAAUGAAGUCUUCAUAAAUCGCAGGUUUUCAGAAACUAACUACAAAAUGUUGAGAACAAAACUAGGUGGAGGUAUCAACUUUACUGAUGCUGUUCUUCUAGGACGUCGAUACACAGCUACUGAAGCCUUCAAUAGUGGUAUGCUGCAUGCUAUGCCUUCCCAGGGGCUGCUCAUCCCUGAGUCGAUUCGAGUCCUAAAAAGUUAUUAUGGAAAGAGUGGCUACCCACGAGAAAGCCUGGCAAACUUGAAAGCCGAUAUCUAUAAAGAUGUAGGGGAGUCUUUUGAUGUAGAGAUGCAACGCAUGCUGGAUAUGAAAUCUAAAUUGUGAAAAGGUUGUCUUUGAUGUAUUAAUUUACAUUAUAAUAUAUUCAUUUUAUGGAAAAAAGUUAGCAUGAUGCUCUUGAAGUUAAGUAGAUUUACUCAGAGAUUCAGAAUUUUUUGUGAUAUUGACAUUUUUUAUCUCCAUUUUAUGCCCCAUCUUACCAUUGUUAUUUCUUAGUGCAAAUGAAUUUCAUAAAAAAUAUUGAAACUUCAGCCUGAAAUUUGGCACACAAGUGCAAACCUAUAUAUGGACUAUGGAUCAAUGUAAGGAUUUUGACCUAUCUUUAAAAAAAAAAAA